UAAUGGUUGGAAAAUCAUAUCAGGAUAUGAAAGAGGACAAACCCAAGAGAGUUACGAUCUUUAUACUAAUAAUUCGAUUUGGGAUCAUCCUAUAGAUUUGCAUUAUACAACUCAGACUCUACAAAAUUCUCCGAAAUUAUUAUUACAAGUGUUUUGCAGAGAUAAUUAUGGAAGACUAAUAUUUCUUUCAUAUGGAGUAUAUAAUGUCCCAUUGUCACCUGGUUCUUACAUUUUAGAUUGUCAUACAUGGAAACCUAUUGGUGCUUGGACAGACAAACUAUAUGAUAGAUUCUUAGGAAAAAGUUUACAAUUAAAGUCACCUAGUGUUUUAAUCAACACAUUAGACAGCAUAUAUUAAUAUGGUAGAAAUAACCAAAAUUGAAGAUAUAUCAAUCUGUAUAAAUGACACAGAUUGCAACGAGUCAAUAGACUCAACCAUAUAUAUACAGAUUCCUAAAGUUGAUGAUCCAUCUUUAGAAGACUUAUCAAAUGAGACAGAAGAAGAGGUUAAUAUUAUCACUACUCCCAUUCCUACAGAGAUAUCUUCAAGAAUAAAUGCAACAGAACAAUCAGAAGUACAAUCAACUUUAACAACUAUAUCUUUACCAUCUUCAACAACGAUUUCCUCAUCAACUAUGUAUUCAAAUGAUAAUGAAAUUCUUGCACUCAAAGAACAAGAGAUAUGCGAGUGCGACUUGACGAAAUUUUUAUGUGACAUCAAUUGCUGCUGUGACAUAGAUUGCAAUCAUUUUCACUUAUCUGCCUUUUCGUAUUGUCAAAAUUAUCAUAUGGAGCUGUAUGACAGUCGGUAUUGCUAUAACCAAAAUUUUAUACAACGAAAUAACACAUCUUUUAUUUUUGAAAAACUUGGAAAUAAUUUGUUUUGCAUCCUGUAUGACAAUCUUCCAUCUAUGUAUAGUACUGACAACGAUUUGGUAUUAUCUAAUGAAGAUCUAUGGAAAAUGUUACAAAUGGAAAACUACAAAUGGAAAACGGAAUAUAGCAAAAUAUUGUCCAACUACAAUUUGUCAAAAUAUUAUCAACAUGGAGAAAUAUUAUGGAAAUUACAUGAUAAAUCUGUUGAAGCAAUAGGUAAAAUAAGAUAA